UUAUCUUUCUGAAGAUUAAUGGUCAUAAAGAGAAUUACGUAUCAAAGAACGUAUUCAUGUUGUGUUUAAGUGAGUGAGAGCGCACGUUUAAUUUUUAUGAAAAAUGGGUGAAAAGUAUUCCAAUUUGCCUCAAGAGCAUCCAAGAAAUUUAAUUCCAGAGCUGUGCCGGUUGUUUUACAACCUGGAGUGGGUAACAGGAACGGGAGGUGGGAUAAGUAUCAAAUACAAUAAUGAUAUCUAUAUCGCCCCUUCUGGAGUUCAGAAGGAAAGAAUUUGCCCUGAGGAUAUUUUUGUUCAAGACAUAGCCGGAAAGGAUUUAGAACUGCCACCUGCUGCAAAAAAACUUAAAAAGAGCCAGUGCACACCCCUGUUUAUGUGUGCAUAUAGAGCUCGACAUGCAGGCGCUGUAAUACAUACUCACUCCAAACAUGCAGUGAUGGCAACUCUUUUGUACCCUGGAAAGGUGUUUAAAGUUACCCAUUUAGAGAUGAUAAAAGGUAUAUUAAAUCAGAAGCUUGGUCGUAAUUAUAAUUAUGACGAAGAGUUAGUGGUCCCUAUAAUAGAAAACACUCCCUUUGAAGCAGACCUUGAAAGUCGAAUGGCAGAAGUAAUCGAAGAGUACCCUCAAACAACAGCAGUUCUUGUUCGACGGCAUGGUGUUUACGUGUGGGGAGAUACUUGGCAACAGGCAAAGACAAUGGCAGAAUGCUAUGAUUAUCUAUUUGAUAUUGCUGUACGAAUGAAGAUUUCUGGCUUGAAUCCUCAAAGUACACCUGAAGAAUAUGAAUUAAAAAUUCAGAAGAAAGAGAAUGAUUCAAUAUCAUAACUUUCAUUGUUAUAACUGUAAUUUUAUUGGCUAUCAUGUGAGUGAACCAUGUAAGAACUAAAGUCUUAAGUGGGAAAUAUUUCUUCAACCAAAUUAUUUUUCUAAACCUAGUUUUUGAAUGAUUAAAUAGAUUGUGUAGGUACAUAAAAUUGAUAAAAUUGUGAAUAAUACAGUUUGAUACAAGUUUUUGUAACAUGUAUGAAUUAUAUGGUAAAACAAUUAUUUCUAAAUGUAUUUUUUUACAGACAUUUUGAAAGGAAGAUUUUUGAAGCUAUGUUUAUGUACUACCCAUAUUUACUCAAAAUUGAGAACAUAAAAUGCUUUUCUAGUCUCUAGUGAGUGUCUGUCUAAAAAAAAUUCAAUUUAAAUUCAAUUUAAAUUCAAUUUUGAAUAGUUUAUAGUUUUUCGUUGCCAGCACAUUGUCCGUGGUACGUUCAAGCUAAUCUGAAUAUUUUGGAAUUUAAAUUUGACAUAUCUUUCCAAUCAGUUACUGCACAGAAUUAAACUGAAAUGCAGCCAAUUCAGGAUUGCUACAGGAAUGGAAAAAUGUGAAAACUAGAAAGUGUCAGGGAAAUGCAAAUGGUGAGGGACUACUGGAGAAAAGUCAGGAUAAUCACUAAAUAUUUCAGUUUUAUUUUUUUUCUUAGGUGAAAAAAAUAAAAUUACUUCACUGCUGAUGACUAGGCACCUCUAAAAAUGGGAAAACAUGUUAUAUCAUAUAUCGCAAAAUGCUUUCAGUCAAUUUUACUUUUUUUUCUCUCUCAUAAACAUGGAGAUAGACAAAAAGAAAAUGAUUUUAUAAUCAGACAUUUUAAGGUUAAACGGAAACUUUUGAAUGGUGUAUACAAUAUUUUCCUUUAGAAAAAGCAUUAACACUGAGUGGCACUGCGCAACCAUUCUUAUCGAGAUAGACUUGUUGAUUCGGGUCUCAGGGACAGUCAGGGAAUUUUGGAAUAAGCUACUCUGCUAUUUUAUCUGACCACAAGUUACGAGAAGUAUUUUCAUAUAAUAAUGCUCUUUAAUGCUUUAAUGUUAAGAAAACACUUGUCUAGAAUUCGUGUUCCGAUUAGCCAGAAUGCACUCAGAUUUGUUUUUGUACUGUGACGUGCUGGUUAAAUUUUUUUUUCAUAAAAUUGUGCUAUUAAUGUUUUUACAUAUUGUUACAUAGUUUGUUUCAAUGUAGUAAGGAUGUGCCUAACAGAUCCAGUCUUAACCAAAAUAUGCUUUAAUUUUAAGGCUGCAUUCAUUGCGAAUUUAGCAGUGAUACAUCCUAAUUCUUUCAACACUAACACAAUGUAGUGUGUAAAUGGAGAAAUACUUCUCCGGCAUUAUUUUUUUUUAGUUUAAAAUUUUUUUGUAGUAUAUUUCCAGAUAAACCAUUUGAGAGUAACUGAUAAACUUAAAAGUGUGUAGACAGCAGUUAGCUGACUACCCAACAGAGAGUCAUUACAUUAUUAUCAAAAAUAGCUCCACAAACUUCUCCUAUAAGAAACCUUGCAACUAUUUGGAAGGUCAACAAAAAUGGCUAAAAUGUUAUUCAAGACAGUACUCAAAAAGAGCCAUAGAAUCACAAAUGUAUUUUUAUGGGUUUUUGUUUUCAAAUAUGUUGACUAAAACUGUUGUUGAACAUGUACUAAAAGCUUAUUGGGAAGUAGGUAUCUGGUCAGUAAAAUUAAUCUGAAUGUUAGAAUGACAGGUCAGAAGGCAGUUAGUAACUUGAUAAAACAUUUUGUUAAUGAUUAUGACCUGUAUGAAGAUUUAAUUUUCUAGUGUAUCAAUGAAUUACAGCAAAAAAUAACUUGGGGAUUUUAUUGUGUAUGUACUUUGGGAAACAUUUAUUUUCUAUGGUUAGCAAUCAUUAAAAUGUUUUUCUUAUCAGUU